AUUAAUUGCCCCAAUAAAAACGUCCUUCCACCCUCGUUUUGUCUUCCCUUUUGUCUUUCUUUCGUUCGUUCGUUCGUUCGUUCGUUCGUUCGUUUUACUCUGGCGACGAUUCUUAUCGUGUUCCAGCGGGCGAGUCGAAAUUGGGGAUCCGGCGAACGCGAUCUUCCUGAUCUCGUCGGUCGCGGGCGGCAGCCGGCUGAUCUAUGAGCGACGUCUUACGGACCGGAGCAGGUCGGAGAUCGGGAGCUGACUGCCGGCGAGCGGUGGCGGGUCGAUGCCCCUCCACGUCGAUCUAGGGUUCUCAGGGGCCGCGCUGCUUCUGGUGCUUUUCUUCGGGCCCGUGGUCGCCCUCGUGGUGCGCCGGAGAUGGCGCCUGGUGACGGCGAGGCAGGAGGAGGUACGGCGGCUGGCGUAUCUUGCUGCCCAAGAAGCCGCGCUGGCGGAGAUGGAUGCGAUGGCGGCCUACUCGGCCACAUCAUCUGAAGUAACUAAGGAGUCUGUGGCUCUGCCGGAAUGUGCCGUGUGUUCUAUUCCUGCCGGCGCUAGGUGUGCCCGAUGCAAGGCUGUCAGAUAUUGCUCCGGCAGGUGCCAAAUUAUACAUUGGAGGCAGGGCCACAAGGAUGAAUGCCAACCUCCACCUGUUAAUGAUAAGGAUGAAGACAAAUUGAGUUCUUCUAGUCUCGAGGGAGUGCAUUCCAAACCGUCUGGCUUAUCAGAGAAGAGGCUAGACCCCAAAGAGGAUCUAACUUCAAAGGUUGAGACAUAUUUUGAGAGGCCUUUUGCCUCAAAAUCCACUUCUACCGAUGAUGAAAUUGAUGGAGACAUACAUCAGAAUAGCAGUUCUAAGGACAUUUCUGCAAAUAAAACAUUUUCUGGUUCAUCUUCUCCAACAAUACCUGUUCAAUCAACAUUUCCUCAGACCAUUAGUUCUCCUGAUGAUGCUUAUGCCAACAAGUUAAUUUCAAAUAAUGUUGGGUUAGAAGAAUCUCCAUCUUUUGGUAUUUAUACUGUUGGUCUCAGAACUGCAGUUGAUACCAGCAAUGUAAGUACUACAAUGUCUUCAACUCCUGAGUUGGCUACAUCAAAUCCUUUGGCAAAUUUCACCACACACUCCAGUCGUUUAAGGGUGGAGACAUCCACAUGCAAAACAGAGGUAGAUGAACAGAUACCUAGUAAUACAUCUGCCUUAAAAAACACUUCAUCUCACGAUCAAGUCAGCACUGAGCAGUCUGAGAGGGUUGGUAAUGGGAUUAAAUCAAGUACAUCCUCAACACCUGAAGGCUCUUCUCCAAGAGCUGCAUCAUUAGAAGCCAGAUCUCACUCAGAAAGAAAUGAGACACAAACUUCAAAAAAAGAAACAUCAAGAUACUUAGCUUCAGCUUCGGCUCACUAUUCUACUAACGGAGGUGCUAAGUCUGUUCCAUUCUAUGAAAGGUCAAAUGGUAAUGCUCAUAGAGCAUCUGUUGGUUCACAAAAUAUUCCUUAUGUGGCCAAUGGUCUUUCGACAUCUCUGAAACAAGUUGUUACUAAAGUUUCGAGACACUACUCUUCAGAAUUUAUGCUAUUUCCAUAUGAUCUUUUCAUCAAACUCUACAACUCUGACAAGAUUGAUUUGCGCCCUUGUGGUCUUAUUAAUUGCGGCAACAGCUGUUAUGCAAAUGCUGUUCUCCAGUGUUUGGCAUUUACUCGACCUUUGACUGCAUAUUUUCUUGACGGUCUUCAUUCUAGAAUAUGUCCAAAGAAAGAGUGGUGCUUUACAUGUGAGCUUGAAAGCCUUGUGAGGAAUGCAAAGGAAGGGAAAUCUCCUUUAUCCCCCAUUGGAAUUCUCUCUCAUUUGCACAACAUUGGAAGUAAUUUUGGCCAUGGACAACAGGAAGAUGCCCACGAAUUUUUGAGGUAUGCUAUUGAGGCUAUGCAGUCUAUUUGCUUAAAGGAAGCUGUUGCAAAACCAGAUGGAUUAUUGGAGGAGACAACACUCAUACAGCAAACUUUUGGUGGCUAUUUGCGGUCAAAAAUAAGGUGCAGUAAAUGCAAGAGCAAGUCUGAGCGAUGUGAAAGGAUGAUGGAUCUUACUGUCGAGAUAGAUGGUGAUAUUGUCACCCUUGAUGAUGCUCUUCUACGUUUUACAUCCCAAGAAAUAUUGGAUGGGGAGAACAAGUAUAAGUGUGAAAGAUGCAAGUCCUAUGAGCGAGCAAAAAAGAGAUUGACUAUAUUGGAGGCUCCUAAUGUCCUGACUAUUGUGUUGAAAAGAUUUCAGUCUGGUAAAUUUGGCAAACUCAACAAAGCUGUCAGGUUUUCUGAGUACCUUGAUUUAGCUCGUUACAUGAGCGGUGAUGACAAGUCCCCUGUUUAUCGGCUUUAUGCUGUAAUCGUUCACAUAGAUACGAUGAAUGCUUCCUUUUCUGGUCACUACGUCUGCUAUGUGAAGGAUAGACAUGGCAAGUGGUACAAGAUUGAUGAUAGCAAGGUACAACCUGUGGAACUUGAGGUGGUCUUGUCGAAGGGUGCGUACAUGCUUCUUUAUGCUAGGUGCUUGCCUCGUGGUCCAAGUUCAGUAAGGAGAGCGAUGGCUCAACUUGUACACGCUAGAAAGAACAUGAAGGAUGGUAGAGGAAACCGUGGAGAUUUAUCAGUUGCUCACCAUGGAGAACACUACUCUCCAUAUCUGUCAAAUCUCCGUCCUCACCCGAACGAUUCUGCCAGCGACAGUUCUUCUCUCUUUGAUGAAGGUUCCACUUGCAGCACAGAGAGCACUAGGGACUCAACUAGUACGGAAGAAUCAUGGGAACACACUUCUGGAGAAUCCGAUUCUUUCAGCUCGAAUAGCCCCUUGAGAAUCUCUGAGGAUUUCGAUGGACUCACUCAUUCCCCUCUGGGCUCUCGGCAUUCCUUGAAAGCAAAUUGCCCUACACCAUCAACGAUGGACUUGGGAUCGAAUGCUACUUCCUCAGGCAGGGAAGCUGAGCAGGCCGGCAUGGAGAGUUCUCUUUUGUAUCCCGACAAUAGUCAACUUAGCAGGAAUUUAGUUGAACAUCGUAGUAGUAUACAGACUGAUCGAUUUAGGCAAAAUGAGGGGAAUUCUGGUGUACUAUUGAGAAGACCUACAAGGGAACGAACCGCCCAAACAUUUUGUUAACCUGUUUGGGUUGUAGAUGAUAUCUAUACAUGCUUAAUUAGGCCCAGCCAAAAGGAAAUGGAAAGGAAAGAAGAGCGUAAUUUUUUGGUUU